GGAUCUCGGAGCAGAGCUUCCAAAUUGUGGGCGUUCUUCUUUUUUUUUUCUCCCUCAGUCUCUCUCCAGAGUUUUUUUUCCUGGGUGUUGCCUGCCUGAAUUACAACUUUGGAGUUUCGCCGGGUGUUACUGAGAGGAAGAGACAAGCCGGAUCAUUUCUGUAAAGUCAACCCUUUUCAACUUUUUUGGACAACUCACUUAGUUUACGUUGUACCUUUUACGCGUAACCGGUGUGGUUUUAUUUUAGCCGCCGUUAGCUAGCUAGCUAAGCUAACUGAGCUCGAGCUGCUGUAACGUUGGCUGGUUUGCUAGCGAGAGAGGCGUCCGAUGCAGGCCAUUAAGUGUGUGGUGGUGGGGGACGGAGCUGUGGGUAAAACAUGCCUGCUCAUCAGCUACACUACCAAUGCCUUUCCUGGAGAGUACAUCCCCACAGUCUUUGACAACUACUCUGCCAAUGUGAUGGUUGAUGGGAAACCAGUGAACCUGGGCCUGUGGGAUACGGCAGGACAAGAGGACUACGACAGGCUCAGGCCUCUGUCCUAUCCACAGACGGAUGUGUUCCUGAUUUGCUUUUCACUUGUCAGUCCAGCCUCCUUUGAAAAUGUCCGAGCCAAAUGGUACCCCGAGGUGAGACACCACUGCCCCAACACGCCCAUCAUCCUGGUGGGCACCAAGCUGGACCUGAGAGACGACAAGGACACUAUCGAAAAACUCAAGGAGAAGAAACUCUCCCCCAUCAUCUACCCUCAGGGUUUGGCCAUGGCUAAAGAAAUAAGUUCAGUGAAGUAUCUGGAGUGCUCAGCUUUGACGCAGCGCGGCCUUAAGACGGUGUUUGACGAAGCCAUCAGGGCGGUCCUAUGCCCCCCACCCAUCAAGAAGAGGAAGAGGAAGUGCAGAAUAUUGUAAUGGAGAAUCACAGGGAGUAGAAAGUACAGUUGCAGUCAGAACUCGGCCUACUCAGAGGGAAGGAGACGCUGGCUGGGUUCCCCAAACAUCUAUUCACCCCGCUUACAUUGAAGCUCUGGUAGAUUAGACUUCGUCUGAAAGAACGUCACAGAUUUAAGCAGCGCUGAAGGUUUUCUGUCCAAUCUGGUCUUGGUUUGCUUCCAUCUGUUUAGUCCUUUCAGAUUGACAGGAAUGAAGUGACUUUGCUAAGGCCUUGGGCAAUGUGAGGGUGGGGGGGAUUUGAUUUGGGAUCUAGGGUUGAUUAAGGAGAAAGAGGGAGGAUUUUACAAAAAACAACAUCCAUGUCACUUUUCUCAGACAUUGUGAAGAAACACUACUUGAAUGUGAUAUAUUAUUUUCUUUUUUUAAAUCAUGAAAUUACCAUAGAUUGCUCUGCACUCUUUCCCCUACACACUAAGAGAUUCCUGCUGCCUUGAUUACAUUUUACUUUAAGAUAACAAAGUUUUAGUAAGCUUUAAAGUCAUUUCUCCUUUUUGUCCAUUGUAAGUUUCUUGUCAGCUGUGAUUGAUGGACCGUUUUGUUUACAUGUGUCAUCUGACUAGACUGAGGUGUUGCCAAAAUCCAGUCAACGGUCAUCACUUUGUAGUCACUCCAUGAACACUAAAAAUGUAUCUUUUUAAUUUAGUUUUAACAAGAUACCAUAAUGCGUAAACAGUUUAACCCUUAAUGACUUAGAACAGUUGUUGUAGCAGCUGCUAAGAUCAGUAAUAAUUACUCUCUACAAUUAAUGAGCAUUUAAAACAGUCAAAAUAUUUACCAGGGAAUUAUCUCGUUUUGUUCCUAAAAGCUUUCGAGAUGAAUGCCCUCUUCCCGCUGCGUGUUAAGUGAACACACAGUAUUAUAUGACUAACGGCCGGGCAUGUGAAGGUGCAGUGCAGCCAGUGUUGUUGUGCUGGUUCAUUCUCUCUCUAUCUGUAAAGGUUUCAUUAUCAUUCUCUCUUAUUUUGACCACAUCUAUUACUGUGUUUUUAUGAAGUCUGCGAGCCAAUGUAUAUGCACUCGCAGAUUGUAACAGAUUUUAAUGUCUUUGUUGGGCGAUAUGAGCAGUAACUAUUCAACAAAUAACAUUUGAUUUUGAAAUGAGCAGUGAUCAAAUUUCACGGGGAACCGCUGUAAAUCUAGAUUCAUUGUAUCAGUGUUUCAAUGGCGCAGUGGAAAUGCACACUUGGUUUUACUUUCUUGCUAAAUGUGGUUUCAUUUUCACAUGAAUAAUAAUAUGCAGAUUUUUUUUUUUUAUUAUAGCAAAUAAAUUCAUUCAAAACAC